AUGGCUACUCUGCGUAUUCUCGCAUUCGAUCCUGACGGCCGCCCAGUCAAAUUCGACACCUGGCUCCAGGACCUGCAGCUGUACCUGCUGAGCGACGCUAGGGACGGUGUUUCGCUCUAUGACCAAGCAACUGGUGCCUCUACUGCCCCACCUUCCUCAGCUGACGCGACGACUCGCUCGCAGUGGCUUACCCGGGAUGUUGCUGCUCGCUUAGCCAUUCGCAACCACCUGCCAGUAGCUGAAUGCGAGCAUUUUGACCAGGCAAAGACUGCUAAGGCCCUCUACGACGCUGUUAUUGCACGCUACUCUUCCCCUGCCACUGCAGCGCUUAGUCGCCUCUUCCUUCCCUACCUUUUUCCCGACUUGUCGUCCUUCGCCAUUGUAGAUGACCUCCUCUCCCACCUUCGCGCUAUGGAUACUCGUUACCGUGCUGCCCUCCCUGCCGAGUUUUUCCCCAAGAACGAGCCCCCGAUCUACAUCACUCUCCACUUCAUAGUGACCCGCCUCCCUGACGCUCUUAGUGCGGUCCGGGACACCUUCCUCGCUCUCCCCCCCACAGACCUCACUAUCGACCUGCUAGGGAAGCACCUUCUUGCAGCUGAGGCUAACAUAGUCGCUGUAGGUGCUACCCGUGGCACCCCUCGCUCACCCUUCUUUGAGGGGUGCUCCCCCUCCCCCCUUGCCCCCUCUGUUGCCUCUGCCGCUGCUGUCGACUUCCUUGGUGCUGAGGAGGUCGGCGCUGCUUUUUCUCCUAGUGGGAAGCACCGCAGCGGCAAAGGAAAGGGCAAGGGUGGUGGGAGUGGCGGCGGGGGGGAUGGUGGUGGAGGUGGCUGGGGCGGCGGGGGUGGUGGCGGUGGGAGUGGUGGAGCGAGUGGGGGCGUCGGAGGCGGAGGUGGCGGCAGCCGCGGGGGUGGUGGUGGCAGUGGUCGUGGUGGCGGUGGGAGCGGUGGUGGCAGGAGUGGCAGCGGCGGGAGUGGUGGCAGCGGCGGUGGUGGUGAUCGCUCUGGCCCAGUUCAAUGGCAGCAGCACCAGCGUCCGCGUGAGACCUUCUCGCCCCAGCAGCUCCGUGAGUGGCUUGCCCAGCGUGCGGCGUCUAGGGGUAGUGGUAGUGGUCGCUGCCCGUACGUCAUUCGCACAGGUCCCCGCGCUGGUCAGACGUGCGGGAAGUUUCACACCCAGCACCGCUGUUUCUCCCGCCUAGACGACGCUUGGCGUCAGGAGAUGGGCAACGAGCUUGAGCUGCAUCGCUGGGCAGAGCUGCUUAGGAUUGGUGUUGAUAUCUUUGCUCUUGACUUUGAUGCUAUCAUUGCUGGAAUGUAUGCUCUGUCUACUAGUGUUGAGGGUGACUGUUACUUGUGUGCGCCGUAUGACCCUGGUAUAGAGGCUGCUGCUCUAAGUGUUAGUGAGUCUGCUCUCUCUGGUACUGCGCCUGCUGAGGCCUCGCACACCUUCACGCUUGACUCAGGUGCCUCUCGCUGCUUCUUUCGCGACAGUACCACAGUCACACCACUCACCAGGCCUGUUGCAGUUUCCCUGGCUGACCCCUCUGGGGGCCCGGUUCUUGCACGCUCCUCUACUGUGCUCCCGUGCCCGGCCGUUCCGUCCGGUUCCCUAUCAGGUCUCCACCUCCCCUCGUUCUCGACGAACUUGGUGAGCAACGCAGUCCUCCAGGAUGCAGGGGUUGAUACCUUUACACCUGGAUGGCAGCGUGUGGCGAUCUACUCUCCUUUGGCACCACCGCCUUGGUCACCCCUCCCUGCCACGUCUUCGUGGCAUGCUCUCUCGCCUUCUGGUCUCUUGUCUUCCCAGGUCUCUGCCUGCGCCGCCCUGCAUUCCUUGCGUCAAGGGGCGGCAGCGCGCCGCUCCUCACUCCUCCUCGUUUCCCCCGACUACAGCCCCUCUGCAGACUCUCCACAUGGACGUGUGGGGCCCAGCCCGCGUCCAGGGACAGGGCCGCGCACAAUACUUUCUGCUAUUGUCGACGACUACUCGCGUUACACCACGGUCUUCCCCUUGCGCAGCAAGGGUGAGGUCCCUGCAUUUUUUAUCCCUUGGAUCCGAGCUGUCCGUCUCCAGCUGCGCGAGCGGUUCCGCACGGACCUUCCUGUCCUGCGUCUGCACUCUGACAGGGGUGGUGAGUCCUCCUCCGACCUCUUGAGGUCUUUUUGUGAGAAGGAGGGCAUUCACCAGUCGUUCGCGCUUCCGGACUCCCCGCAGCAAAAUGGGGUUGCUGAGCGCCGCAUUGGCUUAGUCAUGGAGGUCGCUCGUACCUCCAUGAUCCAUGCGGCUGCCCCCAAUUUUCUGUGGCCGUUUGCGGUCCGGUACGCGGCGCAUCAGCUCAACCUCUGGCCCCGUGUCUCCUUGCCGGAGACCUCGCCUACACUUCGUUGGACGGGGAAGGUUGGGGAUCCAUCCGAGUUUCGGGUCUGGGGUUCCUCUGCCUUUGUCCGCAAUUCCGCCGCGGGCAAGCUCUCCUCUCGCGCCAUUCCCUGCGUCUUCCUUGGCUUUCCCACUGACGCGCCUGGCUGGCAGUUUUACCACCCCACCUCGCGCCGGGUUUUCCCCUCUCAGGACGUAACGUUUGACGAGUCGGUGCCCUUUUACCGACUCUUCCCCCACUGCACUGCCCCUCUCCCCCCCCCGCCGCUCUUCCUCGCUCCAGGUCCCCCUCCGGUAGACCCCCUUCCCCCUCAGGGUCCUGCUCCUUCAGGUGUCUCUCAAGUAGACCCGCUUCCCCUAGCUGAGCCUGUCGAGGUCUCUGGUUACUCAGGUGCCGCUGGGGGUGGUACUACUCGUGGUGCUGAGCUAUGGGGUGCUGAGCCUGGGGGUGCUGCGUCUGAGGGUGCUGAGCCUGGGGGUGCUGAGCCUGGGGGUGCUACUUCUAGGGGUGCUGAGCCUGGGGGUGAUGCUUUUGGUGGUGCUGAGCCUGGGGGUGCUGAGCCUGGGGGUGCUGAACCAAGGGGUGCUGAGCCUGGUGGAGCUGGCGCACUCGCCUCCGACGCACCGCUGCUGGAGCUGGAGGCACUGACACUGGAGGCGCUGGAGCUAGAGGCGCUGGAGCUGGAGGCACUGACGCUGGAGCCGCUGGAGCUGGAGGCGCUGGAGCUGGAGGCGCUGGCACUGGAGGCGCUGGAGCUGGAGGCGCUGGAGCUGGAGGCACUGACGCUGGAGGCGCUGACACUGGAGGCGCUAAAGCCGGAGGCGCUGGAGCUGGAGGCACUGACACAGGAGGCGCUGGAGCUGGAGGCACUGGAGCUGGAGGCGCUGGCACUGGAGGCGCUGGAGCUGGAGGCACUGGAGCUGGAGGCACUGGAGCCGGAGGCACUGGAGCUGGAGUUUCUGUGCAGCAGCGACCACGCGCCGCUGCCUGCUCCCCUUCCUUACAUAGAGCAGCCAGAGUCCUUGACAGAGCGUCAUGAGCCUGCGUCUCGUCCUUCCUCCCCUGUUCGUACCGUUCGCUGUUCUCAUCGUGUCCUGCGUCCGCAUCCUCCUCCUGUGCCACGCACUCGCACUAUGGCACUUCGUCCUUCCUCUGUUCCGCAGCGUGUCCCUCUGCCGUCUCCUCUUGCGUCCUCUCUUCCUGUAGUUCCGGACCCUGAGUCUGACGCUGUUCGUGCUGCUCACCCUACUGUCACGCGUCUCCUGGCUACAGUCGUCACUGACCCGUCGUUUGAGUCUGCUGCUGCGUCUGCCUUAGUUGCUGAGCUCGUGGACUUUGCUGCUGCGUCUCGUCUAGACUACGCUGCCAGUCUUGUCGCUGAGUCUGAGUCUGUCUGUCCUCCGUCCGUCGGGGGUGUGUGUGCUCUUGGCACGGACGUCCUUGAGGACAGGCAGGAGGACUUUGAGUGUCUUGCGGCUGCUGUACCUCAUCUCACGGCCUGGCUGCUUGCACCUGAGGGAGACCCAGAUGCACUGGACAUCCCGACCCCGCACUCUUACCGAGAGGCGAUUACGGGUCCCUACUCCUCUCAGUGGCAGACAGCCAUGGACGCCGAGAUGGCAUCCUGGAAGUCCACAGGCACCUACGUCGACGAGGUCCCCCCUCCUGGGGCGAACAUAGUCGAUGGCAUGUGGAUUUUCAGGGGCAGCCUGCACGAGGAGAUCUGGCUGCGCCGCCCACCUGGCUUCACUGGGUCGUUCCCUUCUGGUACCCAGUGGAGCCUCCGGCGGCCAGUCUACGGUCUCCGCCAGGCGCCUCGUGAGUGGCACGAGACACUGAGGACUACGCUUUUGACUCUCGGGUUUGCUCCGUCCUUUGCUUACUCGCCCCUGUUUCUGCGCACCGACACUUCGCUGCUGCCGUUCUACAUCCUCGUGUACGUCGACGACUUUGUCUUUGCCACUGCUGACACUGAGGCACUGGCCCUUGUGAAUUGUGAGGCUGAGAUCUACGCAGGAGCCAUGGCUGCACAGGAGUUACGCUGGCUCACCUACCUGCUGACCGACUUGGGAGAGCGGCCUCGUUCUCCUCCAGUUCUGUACGUAGACAACAAGGCUGCUAUUGCCUUGUGUCAGGAGCACAGACUGGAGCACAGAACGAAGCACAUCGCUUUACGCUACUUCCUUGCUCAAGAGCUGCAGCAGCGUGGUCAGGUUCGCAUGGCUUACGUGGACACGCGGGCCAACACUGCUGAUAUAUUCACCAAGGCACUUCUGCCUAGUGAUCAUCAGCGUCACUGCACUACUUUAGGGCUCGUGUCCACUUUCUCUCACUUGCUCACUGCUUGA